AGAGAGAGAGAGAGAGAGAGAGAGAGAGAGAGGUAAAGGCUUUUGGUUCUUCUCUUCCUUGGAAUUGUUUCACUCAGAAAUUGAAGAAUGCAGACUUCUCUCAAGCUAGCAUCUUUCACUAUUUCUACAUAUUAUCUUCUUCUUCUUCUUCUUCUACCAUUUGUUAGUUGCUCAUUGCAUGCAGAUGUCAACCAACACAGCAGUCACGAGAACAUAAAAGAAAAUAUUCACAAGAUGAGUCCCCGGAUGACGUUUAACGUUACAGUUCAUGGCCUCCUCUCAUGGUUUUCAAUUGGGUUUUUGAUGCCCCUUGGAAUACUUGUAAUUAGAAUGUCUGCUAGAGAGGAACGUGGGGCAACAAGAGCCAAAGUUCUCUUCUAUCUCCAUAUUGUUUUGCAGGUGCUGUCGGUGCUUCUUGCCACCGCUGGUGCUGUGAUGUCCCUAAGAAACUUUGAGAACUCCUUCAACAACAACCACCAAAGAUUAGGUCUAGCACUUUAUGCUGCCAUAUGGAUACAAACCCUACUAGGAUUUUUCAGGCCUCGCAGGGGAAAGAAAGAAAGAAGUGUAUGGUACUUGGCACAUUGGAUGCUUGGGACAGUGAUAUCCUUGGUAGGGAUAAUCAACAUCUACACUGGAUUAGAAGCCUACCAUAAGAGAACACAGAGAAGCUCAGGGCUUUGGACUGUUCUUUUCACAGCUGAGGUUUCCUUCAUUGCUGCGUAUUAUCUCUUCCAAGACAAAAGAGAUUAUAUACAAAAACAAGGAGUGCUUUUAGGCACAAACAGGCAGCAACAGCAAGAAGAUGAGGAAAUUGCUCAAAGGCAGCACCAAAAUCAAAAGGAGAUGUUGCCAGCUCAGCUGCCUAGAAGAAAUCAGAAAUCUCGAGUUUGCGACCAACAAUUUCGAUCCUGAAAUUGCAGAAAAAUGGCGGAGGAGGAGGAGCCGAAGAAGAGAAGGGUGGUGGUGGAAUCCCUCGGAUGGCUGACGGAGUCCUCAAUUAUGCCGAAGAAGCACCGCGCCAUCGCCGGCGUCGGAGCCUCCUCAAUCAUGGAGCUCAAGGCCCAACUCUAUCAGUCCCAAGAAGAAUCCAAGAAGUCCAAAGAACUCGCUGGCUCAGACAUCGAGUUCCAUCGGGCCAAGAAGAGAAUUACCGCACACGACGACUUCUCCGCCAAAAACUCCGGCGUCGACGCCCGGGCCCACAAGGACAAGCUUGAGCUAAAAGCAGUGAAGGAUGGAUCGGCGAGCUAUGCAGCGUUGGAGAAGAAGGCUGCAUUGUACGAUAAGUUAGCAAGGGGUGAGCUAUCGGAUGAAGAAGAUAAAGAAAAGUAUUGUGUGGAUUUUUACGGCAAGAGAGUUGAGCAUGACGAACCGCAGCAGACUCAGCACCAUGAUUCACCUGCUGUAAUAUCUCCGGAGAAUCAAGAUGGAGAGAGCAAUGCUUCUACGCUGUUUAGCACGAAACCUUUGGGGCUUGGGCGAGCAGAUGCAACAGUGGACAAUGAUAUUCACAAGCGUUUUGUGAGGGAAGUACACGAAGAAGCAAAUCAAGCGAGAGAGAAGGCAUCUGAGCUCAAACUGCGCAGGGAAGAGCAAGCAGCUGCUCGUCGUGAGAAGUUAAAACAGGCUUAUAUACGGAAACAGUUAGAGAGACUUAAAGCAGCAUCAAGUAAUAAGGAACAGACAUGAUAAACAGCAGGAGGCGAUGACUGCAAUAGCCAUCUCGAAUCCUGCUGUUCGCUUCAGGGUUCAUUUUUGAAGUAAAGAAACAAGUUCAGCCGAUUGACGCUAACCAAGUGGCUCCGUUUGCAGUUUCUUCAUGUUCGUAUUGUCCAUGGAGGCACAGAACAAUAGCAUUUGACAUGUAUUCCUUGCUUGAGCAAUCAAAAAAGUGUAUUUAUUAGUCUUUUUUCCGUCGUUUCAUAUGUUUGUGAAAAUUAUUUGUUGGAGUCGAACAUUUAAUAUGAUCAUGUAAGAAAUUGCAAAAUUACAAAAAAAACUGAAGUUAAUAGGUGAAAUGUUAGAAGUGGGAUUUGAA